AUGGCAUUCGCGUGGAAAGCAGCAGGCAUCACCUACAACCGCUACCUUGCGGUCGCCUCGCGCGUUGUCCGUCGCUCACUGAAGGAGGACAAGAGAAUUGCUGCUGAGAGAAGAGGAGAGAUGGACCUCAGGUUCGCCAAGUGGGAGAACGGCAAGCAGCAAGAAGUCCGAUCUCUUGAGGCCGCAAACCAGGAGGCUAUUUCACAGCAGGCUGGUCAGCAGGCUUCGUAG